ACAAUUAACAAACAGUGACGAGGAGGAAGAAAGAGUGCGGUUGUUUUGUUUGACACUUCUUUUCUUUCUCCUCCAACGGUCCAACUUUGACUCUCUCUUCUCUUCUCUGAAAAUUCUUCUAUUCAUUCAUCUUCCUAUCUUUCCCAUGGAAGUGGAACAACAACAAUAUCUUCUCCAAUUUCUCUAACCCUAAAUUAACCGCUUCACCGCACAAUUUCAUAUUUCCUUUCUCUCUUUGAUCGGUUAUCAUGUCCGUUUUGGUUGUAACCGCCAUGGAUUUCGCCGUCCUCGGUUUUCUUAUUCCCUCGCUCUGGGAGAUCGAAGUCGCUUUCGCUGCCUCGCUUUUCGUUAUUCUCGCGUAUUGGUUCUUCACAUUUAGAAUCGCUGACCGUCACUCCGAUCGAUCACUUUCGGAAAAUUCCGCCGGUGAUUCCGCCGACGAUAAAGUCAAGAUUGGCCAGUCAAGAGGAGAUUCUCAAGCCGGUUCGGCGUACCUGAUUAAGUUAGAACUAUUGGCUGCUAAAAAUCUGAUAGCUGCAAAUUUAAAUGGCACAUCGGAUCCUUACACCAUCAUCACAUGCGGCAAUGAAAAGCGAUUCAGUUCCAUGGUCCCUGGUUCAAGAAAUCCAAUGUGGGGCGAAGAGUUCAAUUUUUCUGUCGAUGAACUUCCUGUCCAGAUCAAUGUCACAAUUUAUGAUUGGGAUAUAAUUUGGAAAAGUGCUGUUCUUGGUUCAGUGACCGUUCCAGUUGAAAGUGAAGGUCAAACUGGUGCAGUGUGGCAUACUUUGGACAGCCCAUCAGGGCAGGUUUGUCUUCAUAUAAAAACAGAAAAAAUGUCUGCAAAUUCUGCCAGGAUAAAUGGUUAUGGCGGAGCCAACACUCGAAGAAGGAUACCCUUGGAAAAACAGGAACCCACAGUAGUCCAUCAAAAGCCAGGACCUCUUCAAACGAUAUUUGAGCUUCAUCCAGAUGAGGUUGUUGAUCAUAGUUACUCUUGUGCACUUGAAAGGUCAUUCUUGUACCAUGGUCGUAUGUAUGUCUCAACAUGGCACAUUUGUUUCCAUUCCAAUGUGUUCUCGAAGCAAAUGAAGGUGCUUAUUCCGUUUGAAGAUAUAGAUGAGAUUCGAAGGAGUCAACAUGCAUUUAUUAAUCCUGCUAUAACAAUUAUUCUUCGUAUGGGUGCCGGUGGACAUGGUGUCCCUCCUUUGGGAAGUCCUGAUGGUAGAGUCAGAUAUAAGUUUGCGUCAUUUUGGAACAGGAAUCAUGCAGUUAGAAGUCUACAACGUGCUGUAAAGAACUUCCGUGAAAUGUUGGAAACUGAGAAGAAGGAAAAUGCAGAGUCAGAAUUGCGUGCACAUAGCAGUUCUGUUAGACGAAGUAACAUAAUGGAUAAGGUUCCCGAAACCAGCAUGCCAAAAGCUGGAAAACGUCAAACUUUUAUCAAAGAAGAGGCUUUAGUUGGUAUAUACAAUGAUGUUUUCCCCUGCACAGCAGAGCAGUUUUUUAACUUAUUGUUAAAGGACGAUUCAAAAUUUACUAGCAAGUAUCGUUCAGCACGAAAGGAUACUAAUCUUGUGAUGGGACAAUGGCAUACAGCAGAAGAAUAUGACGGUCAAGUCCGGGAGAUAACCUUCAGAUCCCUUUGUAACAGCCCUAUGUGCCCGCCAGACACAGCCAUUACUGAGUGGCAACAUGUUGUUCUAUCAUCUGACAAGAAAAACCUGGUGUUUGAGACUGUGCAACAGGCACACGAUGUUCCACUCGGGUCCUGUUUUGAGGUGCACUGUAAAUGGGGUUUGGAGACAACUGGUGAAAGUUCAUGUACUCUGGACAUAAGAGUGGGUGCACAUUUCAAGAAAUGGUGUGUGAUGCAAUCCAAAAUAAAAUCAGGGGCAAUCAAUGAGUACAAGAAAGAAGUUGAUGUGAUGUUAGAUGUUGCUCGUUCAUAUAUAAAGCCGCAUACUUCUGAUGACGAGAAUGAUAAGGCAUCUUCGCCCCCUGCGGCAACUUUGGAAAAUUAAUUUUUCUGUGUAACCUUAGAUUAGGACUUUGUUGGUCUGUGCAAUAUUGUAACUUUCCUUCUCUUAAGUUAUUUAUUUAUUCUUGCAACACAGCGCCCAAAGCCAUGUAUAUUUAUUUUGAUGCACAGUUGGUUUUUGUCUUGUGUAUCUCUGUGGGUAACUUGCUCUAUAUAGUGUUUCCACCAUUGUUCUUGAAAUGUUUAUAUGAAAAUAAAAAAUUAUUUAU